AUGGCCCUCCGCGACCUCGUUCCUAGUUUCGCCGCCGACGCUCUGUGGCCCGACCACAAGAGCCCGCUGGCCACCCACAGGCUAUAUCCAACUUCGUAUCUCGAUGGCCUGCGCGGGCUGGCGGCCGUGGUGGUCUUCUUCUGCCACUACACCGAGGAGAACCACCAGUACCUCAUCCCUACCUAUGGCCUGAAUGUCGACCACAUCUCCUCCUUCCUACAGCUACCCUUUCUCCGGAGCCUAUACAGCGGCCGACCCAUGGUGCACAUCUUUUUUGUCAUCUCGGGUUUCGUGCUGUCCUACAAGCCGCUGAGAGAGAUACAUGCGAGGGACCUGGAGCGAUGCUGGGCGGCGCUGGCCUCCUCGACACUGCGGCGGCCCUUCCGGCUACUUGGGCCGUGCAUCGUGUCCACGGCUAUCAUUGGGGUCAUGAUUCAGAUGCGCCUCCUGUACCGGCCGCUGCCGUCCAACUCCAUGCAGUUCUGGGCCUGGGUCGACGCCGUGUUCCACCAGAUCACCUGGCCGUGGGCGUGGGAUUUUGACCUGCGCCCGGCCUUCGACGUGCACCUGUGGUCCAUCCCCAUCGAGUUUGCCCACUCGAUGCUGCUGUUCCUGACUAUCCUGAUGCUGUCGCGGCUGCGGCAGCGCGUGCGCACCCCGGCCAUGUUCCUGCUGCUGGCCUACACGGUUGCGUGCGGCAAGUGGGCGGCCAUGGAGUUCUACGCGGGCAUGAUCCUUGCCGACAUUCACAUCCGCCGCUCGGCUGAGGCCAAGGCGCGACACUACGAGAACCCCGCCGAGCUAGCGCCAGUAAUUGAGGGCCCGGCGCUACACUAUAUCGUGCACAUCCUGCUGCUGCUGGGGGCGUUUUACGUGCAGGGCUGGCCCAACUUUGACGCGCACCGCAGCCCCAUCAUCCGCUGGCUGUACAACCACACCCCACCCUCGUUUCCGCCUGUGGAUAAUCUGACGCCGCAGAAGUUCUGGUUUGCUGUGCAGGCCAUCGCCAUGGUGUGGACAUGCGGCGAGCUGCGACCCGUGAGGCACUUCCUCGAAGGGCCCAUCCCGCAGUACUGCGGGCACAUCAGCUACGCGCUGUACAUUGUGCACGGGCCGGUAUUGGAGCUGCUGCAGCGCGCCGUGGUGGGCACGUUAUACCAGCCGCCCAUGGCUGCGCCGGGUCUUCCCGGGUACAGACCGGAGGUGCUCCCGCGCGGGCUCAAGGGCCUGAUUGGGGUUGAGACAGCCACGCAGCGGACAAUAGUGUGGGUGCUAGGGCUGAUGAUAUUGAGUCCGAUGGUGGUGUGGGCUGCGGAUGUGUUCUGGCGGCUGGUGGACAUACCCAUGAUCAGGUUGGCCCGGACGGUCGAGACGUGGAUGGUCGAGACCGAGGUAGACCUGGGGAAGCCCCAGGAAGCACACUAAAAAGGAGCAAGAGGAAGAAUAAUGAUGUUGUAUACAUGUAUACGUGUGUGUGUUGUGUGUGCCUGUAUAGAGGUCAUCGUC